UUUCCUCAGAUUAAAAAUUCUGGUGUUUCUUAGGAAACAUGUUGUACCAAGUUGGGCUGCAUAACUCACCUUUAUUUUUUUCCUUCCCUUGCCUUUAUUCCCUUUUUUGCUUUUCUCCUCCAGCUGUGCUUCCUGUGUCUUCAGCCUUGAGUGUCACUGCUGCCUCAGGGCAGCCUGUGCCAACCCUUCCCCCUCCUUGCUCCCUGCCCCCACAGCAGUACCCUCUGACAACCCCUAACCAGCCUACCCCAUUCCUUUCUCCCUCUGCUAUUGCCUCUACCCCCUUUGAAGCUCCUUUUCCACAGGCAUCGUCUGGGACAGCCCUGCCCUUGGGAGCUGCCCCUACGCUCCCUGACACCCCAGCUUUCCUACCAAACCUAAUAGGGCCUCCCAUCUCCCCAGCUGCCUUAGCUCUGGCCUCUCCCAUGAUAACUCCAACUCUGAAAGGUGCCCAUCCCUCUUCAGCUCCCUUGACUCUGGUGGCCUUGCCUCCCCACUCAGUUCAGAAGAGCUCUGCUGGUCCACCUAACCCCAUUAGUUCACCUCCUUCAGCUGCUGUGGCUAAGUCAGGGUCCGUGACACCACUGUCAGCUCCCGUUGCUUCCUCAGAACCAAAGACCUCUCCUAUUCAAGCUCCCUCUCAAGUAGUCCCUAAUCCAAAAGUUACCCCCAUUCCUCCGUAUACGGCCAGUGCUGCUCCUUCCCAGCCUUUAACGCCCUUGGCCUCUUCUGUUCAAUCUGGAGUGGCCUCCUGUGCUCAGACACCACCCACUACUCCCCUAGCCAUCACUUCCCCUCAGGUCAAAGGCAUACCUAUUUCCUCACCUCUGGCUUCUCCACAAAACCCUGUAAGCCUCAGCCUAAAGGGACCCCUUACUCCACCUGCUGCCUUACCUCUUUCAGCCCAGUCUGUUCCUAUGACUCCCAGUGUCCCCCCAGUUUUCCUCACUCCUAUGGGCUCUCCUCGUGUACCUUUACAUCAGAGUUGUCUUGGUUCUCCUGUCCAGUGCGUAGGUCAAACAGGCCCUAAUGUUCUGUCCGAUUCUCUAGUGGAUACCAUUUCUGUACACCACUCUUCCCUAGGGGCCUCUUGCCCUUCUCAGCAAUCUGUAAUUUCUCCCCCUCCUUCCAGAAAUGAGGUGGCUCCUGCUGCUGUGACUGCCUUUCCAGUGGGGGCUCCAGCUUCCUCUGUGCCUCUGUCGGUUGAUAAGGGACUCUCUACCAUCACUAGUGUAUCCUCCUACAGCUCUUCUGGUUCCUCAGCUGUCUCUUCUCCCUUAUCUCCUACAGCCCCUCUCACCCUCAAAGGCUCUCCUAAUGCCACUCAUCAGCCACCCUUAGAGGCCCAGAUGCCUCCUGCUUCUCCAGGAAGUCCAGGCUUGAAAAAAGCUCCUGUUUCUUCUGUUGGAAUUACCUCACUUGUGAUGACUAACCCCUCUACAAUUUCUGCCACAUCUACCACCUUUGAGGUAGUAAAUGCUACUUGUGUGUCUCCUCCAAUUUCAUCAGGUCUCAUAAGUAAUAAGAACUCAGCUUCCCAUACUGCCUUGGCUAUGACACCUGUGGCUCCCAAAGAGCUUCCUUCUCCUUGGGUAACAACUGCUCCGGGGAUACCAGGCUCCCCUCCUCUGCCAGCACCUGAGGAGCUCAAAAGUCUCCCUGCUUCACAAUUGGUCAAGUUCCCAACACAGAAAGAUCACCAAACUGUCCCUGCCUCUCCUGUAGGAACCCCUAUUUCACCAGCUCAGGCAGGACUCCCUACCAAGAAAGACCCUAUUGUACUACCAUUGGCGCUGGCAGCCCCUCAAAAUCCUCCCACUCCCCAAAGUACAUCUUCUCUGGAAAUAUCUGAAGUCACCUUAGCAAGCAAAAGCCGAGUAGAGCCUCUACCUGUAGGUAAGCCAGCUGCUGCUACUCCCCCUCCUCUGGGUGCUAUUUCCCCAGCCUCUCUAAUCAAGACAGAUCCUUAUGCAAGUCCAGACCCUACCAGUGUGCUUCUCAAAGGUUCUCUUCCUACCCCAAGUGUAGCUACAUUUCCUUUGGAAAGUACUGCCACUUCUGCGGGGACUCCUACAACUACCAAAGGAACCUCCACUCCUACAACGACAGCCAGCCCUUUUCUAGAAGGAACUGUCUCUUUAGCACCUAAAAGCCACCCAGCCAAGAAGGGUGCUUCUGCUCUUACUGCUUUACCUUUGGUUCCUCCCACCUCUGAAAGUUGUUCUGUGGCUCCAGCCAUGACGUUAUCCCCACAGAAUGUUACUUCUCCAGCUACUGUAGCACUGUCUUCUGAAAUUCCCAAAUCAGAACCCUUUCCCUCUCUUCCCCCAGCUGGUAAUCCUCAAGUUACAAAGAUAGGUCAUAGUGUUUCUCAUAGCUCAGCAUCGGCAUUUGUGGCCUCCUCUCCUGAAGGAUGCCCAGCUGAGGAUGUUGGUGCUUCUGUUGCUGCAUCUUCCAAAGGAACUUACCUAGCCGAAUCCCCAUCUUCUUUAGGGACUAGUGUGUCUCCUCAGACUGGAGGACCUCCAACCAAGAAGGGUUCGGCUACCUCUACUACCUUAACUCUUGCCCCCUCUGUUUCUAAAAAUGUAGCUGCUGUCUCUGAUUCUCCUGCUGGCAAUCUCUCAUCUCCUGUUUCUCGAAUUGAAGCUUCCUUUCUUCCAGAGGCCAGUUUUUCUUUUCAAGUCCCUGAGGAAUCACUAACCAAGAAGCAUUCCCCCACUCCUCCAUCCCCCAAAGGGGCCCCUACUUCCCCAGCUGCUGUCUCCUCAUCCCCCAAAGGGGGGCCAGCAAAACCAUCCCCUAAAGAGACUCCUCCUCCUCCAGCUAUUACUCCUUCCUCUCCCAAAGGAGCCCCAGCUACUCCACCUCCCAAAGGGGCCUGCACUCCCUCAGCUAUGGCUCCUCCCUCCCCAAAAAGGGGCCCAGCAACCUCAUUUCCUAAAGAGACUCCCAAACCCCCAGUUAUGUCCCUUCCUUCCCCUAAAGGAACCUCAGCAACUCCAUCUUCCACAGGGCCUCUAGCUAUGCCACCCCCCAAAGAGUCUCCAACACCCCCAGCCUCCAGAGGGGCCCCAGCAAUUUUAUCCCCCAAAGAGCCCUCAGAUACACCAGCCCCCAAAAGGGCUUCAACAACUCCAUCCUCUGAAGAGCCCUCAGCUGCCCCAGCCCCCAAAGGGGCCCCAGCAGCUCCAGCCCCCAAAGAGCCCUCAGAUACACCAGCCCCCAAAAGGGCUUCAACAACUCCAUCCUCUGAAGAGCCCUCAGCGGCCCCAACCCCCAAAGAGGCCCCAACAACUUCAUCCCCCAAAAGAACCCCAGCCUCCAAAGGGGCCCCAACAACUCCACCCUCCAAAGAGCCCUCGGCUGUCCUGGCCCCCAAAGGGGCUCCAGCGGCUCCAUCUCCCAAAGAACUCUCGGAUACCCCAGCAACCCCAUCCCCUAAAGAGCCCUCAGCUGCCCCAGCCCCUAAAGGGGCCCCAACAACUUCAUCCCCCAAAAGAACCCCAACCCCCAAAGGGGCCCCAGCAACUCCAUCCCCCAAAGAGCCCUCAGCUGCCCCANCAGCUCCAGCCCCCAAAGAGCCCUCAGAUACCCCAGCCCCCAAAGGGGCCCCAGCAACUUCAUCCCCCAAAAGAACCUCAGCUCCCAAAGGGGCUCCAGUAACUUCAUCCCCAAAAAAAACCCCAGCCCCCAAAGGGGCUCCAGCAGCUCCAUCCCCCAAAGAGCCCUCAGAUACCCCAGCCCCCAAAGGGGCCCCAGCAACUUCAUCCCCCAAAAGAACCUCAGCUCCCAAAGGGGCUCCAGUAACUUCAUCCCCAAAAAAAACCCCAGCCCCCAAAGGGGCUCCAGCAGCUCCAUCCCCCAAAGAGCCCUCAGAUACCCCAGCAACUCUAUCCCCCAAAGAGCCCUCAGAUACCCCAGCCCCCAAAGGGGCCCCAACAACUUCAUCCCCCAAAAGAAUCCCAGCCCCUAAAGGAGCCCCAGCAGCUCCAUCUCACAAAGAACCCUCAGAUACCCCAACCCCCAAAGGGGUCCCAGCAACACCAACUCCCAAAGAGCUCUCAGCUUCUCCAGCCCCCAAAGUGGCCCCAGCAACUCCAUCUCCUAAAAGAACCCCAGCUAAAACUCCAUCCCCCAAAGAGGUCUCAGCUACACCAGGCCCCAAAGUGGCUUCUACUCCUUCAGCUGUGACUCCUCCAGCCCCCAAAGAGCUCUCGGCUACCCCAGCCCCCAAAGGGACCCCAUCAACUUCAUCCCCCAAAGAGCCCUCAGCUGCCCCAGCCCCCAAAGGGACCCCAACAACUUCAUCCCCAAAGAAAACUCCAGCCCCCAAAGGGGCCCCAGCAACUCCAUCUCCUAAAAGAACCCCAGCUAAAACUCCGUCCCCCAAAGAGCCCUCAGCUGCCCCAGCCCCCAUAGGUGGCCCAGCAGUCCCAUCCUCCAAAGAGUCCCCUGCUUUACCAGUUCCAGUCACAUGUCCCUUGGGAUCCACUGCCCCUCAGGCAUCUAAAGGGCUCCCAGUAAGGGAAGGCUCCACAGCUCUCAAAGCAGUACUUACUGGCCCAGCUUUAGAAAAUGCACCAGUCAUCAUAGCUCCCACUCAGAAAGGUCCACCAGCCAAGAAGAGUUCACCUCCUGUGUGCUCAGAUCCCUCAGCCAAGAAUGGUACUAAAGGACCCCUUUCUACAGUGGCUCCUCCAACCCCUCUACUGGCAGUCUCCGCUCAGAAAGGCCCUUCUCCAAAGGGUCCCUUGGCUCCUCAUCCAAAGUCUGAGACAUCUACGCCUCUAGCAACAGCGGCUUCUGAGAAGGUCCUUCCUAAAGCUGGAUCAGCACCUGUCUCUCCAGUACCCACCCCAACAGUCUCUCUGCCUCUUGCUCCCUCCCCAGUUCCCCCUCUGCUUCCUAAACAGCAACCUCUGCCGUCCUCACCUGGGCUGGUGCUGGAAUCAUCCUGUAAGCCCUCAGCCCCCGCUGAUGAGGAUGAGCUGCCGCCUCUGAUUCCCCCGGAACCAAUCUCGGGGGGAGUGCCUUUCCAGCCGGUCCUCGUCAACAUGCCCACCCCCAAACCUGCUGGGAUCCCUGCCCCAACCCCCUCUGCCAAGCAACCUGUUCUGAAGAACAACAAGGGGUCUGGAACAGAGUCUGACAGUGAUGAAUCAGUACCAGAGCUCGAAGAACAAGAUUCCACACAGGCAACCACACAACAAGCCCAGCUGGCGGCGGCAGCUGAAAUUGAUGAAGAACCAGUCAGUAAAGCAAAACAGAGCCGGAGUGAAAAGAAGGCACGGAAGGCGAUGUCCAAACUGGGUCUUCGGCAGGUUACAGGGGUUACUAGGGUCACUAUACGGAAAUCUAAGAAUAUCCUCUUUGUCAUCACAAAACCAGAUGUCUACAAGAGCCCUGCUUCAGAUACCUACAUAGUUUUUGGUGAAGCCAAGAUUGAGGAUUUAUCUCAGCAAGCACAGCUAGCAGCUGCUGAGAAAUUUAAAGUUCAAGGUGAAGCUGUCUCAAACAUUCAAGAAAACACACAGACUCCAACUGUACAAGAGGAGAGUGAAGAGGAAGAGGUUGAUGAAACAGGUGUGGAAGUUAAGGACAUAGAAUUGGUCAUGUCACAAGCAAAUGUUUCAAGAGCAAAGGCAGUCCGAGCCCUGAAGAACAACAGUAAUGAUAUUGUAAAUGCUAUUAUGGAAUUAACAAUGUAACCAUCUAAAAAGGAAGACCCUUUUUUGUGUGUUCCAGAAGAGUUACUGCAGCUUGGUUUGAAAUUUGUACUGUUUCUAUCAUUAAUAAAGUUAUGGCUUCUUGUGGGGUGAA